AUGGCUGGCAACAUACUUAACUCCCAAAGGUUGGUACAAUUGGCAGGAUUCCAUCCACAGCUUCAGAAAGUGUGGUAUUUGAUCGCAGCCACUACACUCAGUGCUUGUAAUGAACCACAGGAAGUUCCCAAGCUCUAUCAUUUUGCCAUGCUCAACGAUUCACAGCUCGAUGUUGAGGGUCCAAAGAAUGCUGUGAGAACUCUAGAGCUUCUACAGAGCAAUCCAGUCAAACUGGAUCAGGAAAUCAACGAGAUGUACAACGAUCCUCAGAAGUCUCAAACAAUCAUUACUCAGAAGUUGAGAGAAGCUCUUUUGAAAAGCAGUGCGCUCACUGGCAUUCCUAAAUCGAUCAACUCACUCCAAGCGUUGAAGAUGGUCACACCUAAGAAACUCAAGCCUAUAACGGAGGACAUUGAUGCACAUAGUAACAACUUAUUCGAGGGUUCUGCGCGGCCCGUUGAUGUUGCACCAGGAAAAGUGGUGGAAAACGGUAUUCACCAUUGGAACAGGAUCUACAGUAAAGUGACCAACAAAGUAAUCAACAAUUUGAACACGUCGUAUCCAGAUCUUUGGCAGUUUGUGCUUUGUAAUGUCUACGGCCCACUUUUGUCGUUUGAUGAUAUCCUUGACGCUCAAGAAACCAGUUUGGUGAUUAUCGCAGCUCUGGUUCCGCAAGAUUUGAAUGCACAACUGUGGGGGCACUUGAAAGGUGCUUUGAAUGUGGGUUGUGACCGAGAGACGAUUAAUGCCGCCAGAAACAUGAGCAUCCUAAUCUCAAAGUGGUGCGGCAUACGAUGGAAAUCGGACGUCGUUAGGCUAUGA